AUGGCAAUUCGACCGAUUGACACCAACAAUUUGGAGCUGAAGUUCUUUGUGGGAUCUUCCGUCCCCAAGUAUGCAAUUUCAUCACACACCUGGGGCCCCGAAGCCGAUGAAGUCACAUUCCAGGACAUGUUGGCUAUAAACAGAGGGUCUGAGAAUCCAAAAAUGGAGCGACCGGGAUAUUUCAAGAUCAUCGAAUCUUUUCGAAAAGCUAGGUUAACCGGUAUCGGGUACUGCUGGGUGGAUACAUGUUGUAUCGACAAGACCAGCAGUGCUGAGCUGAGCGAAGCGAUCAACUCCAUGUUCAGAUGGUAUCGCGAUGCAGCUUUUUGCUAUGUUCUCUUGUCUGACUUCGAGAUUGAACAUACCCGAGACAUGAAGUCGAUCGGCGAAUGCAGAUGGUUCAAGAGAGGCUGGUGUCUACAGGAGCUUGUCGCUCCGCGAAACGUUGAGUUCUUUGACCGUUUGUGGAACUUCCUUGGAACAAGAGAAGAAAUGUCGUCCCAUAUCUCGAAAAUCACGGCUAUCGCAACGAACGUUCUGACCGGACAGGUAUCCAUGGACACAAUCCCGAUAGCUCAAAGGCUGGCGUGGGCAGCGAAGAGAGGGACAACGUGA